GCACAGCCAGGUCCGCGCCACCUGCCUACGAUAGCUCCACGAUGCAACCCUAGCGUCCCAGUCCCAUGCCAGCACCGCACCCACGCCGAGUGGCGAUCGCGGCGGGAUGUUUUCCGCGCUUCGCGGGAAAGCUUUUGAGGAUCGCGCGUGGGAGCUGAGUGAACGCGCAAAGGAUAUAAGCGGGCGAGCGAUUGCGAUGGGGCCGGCGGGGGCGUGGCGAGACGUUCCUAUCUCUAGAAACAGCGAGGUCGAGAGAGGAGAAUGGGAUAUUACAGGCCCUACGGCGCCGCCGCUGCCACCUCAGCCCACGGAAUAUCACGUGCCAUUGCGAGACGAAUCUCUCUCCUCUUCGCCCUCUCGCCUUCCGCCCCCGACAUCCCCGUCUCAGUUCUCCUCGGCGGCAGAGCCAUGGCUGUCGCUCGAUGAAGGUGGCGGGGGACACCAGCAGGGUCGCCGAGCGCCGGCAAACGGACGAGGAGGGGUAGGAGCAACACAAACGGGUGGGGUGGCGGUCUCUCCUUUUCCCACAGCGCCGACUUCCUUAAUCAGGGAAGAUGGAUCCCUUUAUCCGCCGCUGAUGACUGGGGGGGGAACUCGCGACAGGGUGGAGGAACAGCAGCAGCAGCAGCGGAGGCAGCGGCGUUGGAAAGAUGAUGAUGAUGAUGAGGAUGAUGACAUGUCCACGCGGCCUCCGUCAGCUUCACCGGCGGCGGGUAAUUGGGGAAGGGAGAUCGCAGAAGGGGGAGGAAGAACAGCGAGCGAAGGAAGCGUGCCGUAUUACCUGCCUGUGGGGAGUGGUAGUGGAGGGGCGGAGAGGGCAAGAGAGGGAGGGCGGGGAGGAAAGCACAAGGCACGAGUCAGCGCGGGGACCUCGGGAACGGAGGACGACUGGAAUGCCCCCCAGCCGUUACUGAUAGGUUCGACAUCAAGACCGCAAGAAAGCAGAGGCCGAGGAGGGAGCUCCGUCGAGGGGGGGGCAAGAACGGCAAGAGGAGGCGGCGGGCGAGCAGGAGCGCGCCAAGGUGGAGGAGGGUCACCCUCUUCUUCAAGCAAUGCUGGGGGGCGCGAAUCCCCGUAUGGCACUGAGCAGGGGUACUCACGAGGCGUCCCAGAUGAUUCUUCUUCAGGGGGGCGUCGCAAGCCAAAGGGAGACCGGGUCUGCUGUCGACGCUGCACAUGGCUUGUUCCCGCCAUCGUCAUAGCUUGCUGCGUUGUGUUUGUCAUUUCUAUGUACAGGAACAAUUGUCCCGAGAACGGGGGUGCUGCAGCCAACAAAUGCGUCCUCCCUUCUCUCGGUCGCUUCUCUUUUGAGCCGCUGAAGAUGAAUCCGAUGAUCGGCCCUUUGGCGGAAACGCUUUUGAAUUUUGGCGCGCUGGAAACGGAGUUGUUACGGAAGCGGCACAAGAACAAGUAUCGGCUCUUUUCGUAUGUCUGGCUUCAUGCCGGCGUUGUCCAUCUUGUGCUGAACAUGCUGGGUGUGCUCGUGAUCGGAUUGCGCCUUGAGCAGGAAUUUGGCGCGUGGAGAACACUGCUUGUCUACCUUGUCAGCGCUUUUGGCGGGAGUUUGAUGAGCGCGUUGCUUUUGGCGGGAGGUGUGAUCGUAGUGGGCGCCUCCGGUGCUCUCUUUGGCCUUUUAGGUGCCACGUUGGCAGAAUUGAUCGUCAAUUGGACCAUCUACGGCCGGCGAAUCAGCACGCUCUUCACGUUGAUCUUCUUGAUUGUCGUCAAUCUCCUCGUCGGAUUGACUCCUCACGUCGACAAUUUCUCUCACAUUGGAGGAUUUGUCUCCGGCGUGCUUCUUGGGUUCGUCUUCCUUGUGAAGCCGCAGUUCGGGUACCUCGCCGAUAACAUUCAACUUAAGUACAAUGGCUACAAGGACUACACUGUGUACCCGGUUCCUCCUCUCCCGACGGACGAUCCGUAUGUUAUCCGUUCAGGUGCCCCGCCCAAGAGGAAACAUAACCAGUUCCAGAGAACUAUGCGCUGCAUCGCCUUUGCAUUGCUGCUGUUCGGAUUCGCCUCCGCCACCGCGUUCGUGUUGCUCAACGUCGACGGGAAUAAAGCAUGCUCGUGGUGCAAGUAUAUGGAUUGCGUCGAUACCCGUUACUGGGAUUGCCACCGGCAGUCGUCUAGCUAUUCUUCCACGUAUCCUAUCUCAGACGACGUCUUGGCAUGUGCAGCUGAUCUAAAUGUGCCUCCCCAAAGGUUAAUUGUUCAAGCGUCGAGAUUGCUGGAUGUUGUCGUACAUUUUGGGGGGCGGGUAGGUGGUCACAGCUCAUCUGCGUGGUGCUCCUGGUUUUAGUUUUGUCAACAAACUGUUAGAAAGACGGAAGGGGAGUGAAGCGUUCACUCCCACAUCGCUGAUAGGGCUUCGGAAUUGACUUGGGUGUUUGACUUGGGUGUUUUACUUGGGUGUUCGUUGGCGGCGCGGCAGUGCGAAAUGAUGGGGCUGAAAGGGAGGCACAGGGGGAGGAAACACGAAGCGCAGAACUAAGGCGGGCAAUCUCAUUUUAUAAAUAAAAAUGCGACUUACGCGGUGAAUGGUGGGUUCGGAUGAAGGUACAGGGUCGGACGGGAAGAGACUGCAGGAUAUUGGUUGCCUUUGAAGGUAGACGGUCGUUUCGGGUACACUCGGCUUCGCUUUUGGGCCCCAUUUUGUGUUCCCCUCUGUCCCCUUCAUUUCACGUGUCCCCCCCUGGCCCCUUCCCUUUCCAGUCACCGCCUGCCCCUUUCUCCUUCUGCCCAUUCCGUGUUUCCCUCUGUCCCCUUCAUUUUUUUUUAUUUUUUUCUUAAAUGUGCACCAGGCUGCAGUGGGGACGCAGUGGUGUAUGUGUAUCCACUGAAGCCCCGCGAGCUUGACCUCCGUAAUCCCCAUGAUGAUGCUGAUGAAGAAGUGAACCCAGGUCAGCCCUGGACUUUGUAGCUGCAUUUUCUUGCAUUUUCUGUUCCAUGAGUCCCAUACUCACAUUUGAACCGAGGAGUGAAUUUUGUAACCAAUUCGUGAAGAAUAAUCCGGCAGUAGUACUGUGGUAACUGUUGUAGAUUCCGGUGUAGUAUUCCAGCCCAUUCGUGUUACGUCUACCCUCCAAGUGCUGUAGUCCGAGCCAUCCUCCUCAUUUUCCAUGUCCCCCACGGUCCCCUUCCCUUUUCAGUCACCGCCUGCCCCUUUCUCCUUCCCUUAACGUCUGUCAAGGGGGUACUGACUGUCACUGUAUGAUCUGUCGGCUCGUCGGUGUGCACUCGCUCUCCUUCGGUUCCAUGGUUUCAUGAGAACAUGUGCGUUUCUCCUAAUGAGGCGUCCGGGGUUGGAGGUCUCUUGGCCGCUUCUGAUAUAACAUUUCGAGGUAUUCUUCUUGAUGGGGAAACGGGGGCCCCAUGGAACUCCCUUUCUCUGUAUUCUGGGUGGUCACCCAUGAGAAAAUGAAGAAGAGUUGUGUCCGAUGGAUUGGUUUCAUGCACGAGAGGUCUGUCGUGUUCUUUGGCCGAGAGGGGGAAGGGAGAAGGGGGUUGAGACAUACUUCUGUGUCGUAGUGCCAUCUCUCGUCUUAGCCUCUCCUGUCUGCCUUCUGCAUACCUCAGUCAUGGUAUAGCGAACUGUGCGGGUUAUGGAGGGGGGGGAGGAUGACGAAGACCAGGAGCAUCGUUGUCAGCGGUGUCGGGAUGGUGGUGCCCAUGGAUAAUGAAGGUAGGAGGAUGGUUUGCGCCAUGGCGCGGAUGCCUCCGCUUCUCCGCGUGCUACGACAAAAGACGGACGGAUUUUCUUCCCAGGCUCUUCUGGUUCUGCUCACUGUGUGUUGAGGGAGGAGGUGGUUGGUUCUGUUCAUGGCAGGAGUGGAGUAUCAAUCAAAUGGUGUCAGUUGUUUGAUUCUUCCUUUUUUGAGGACGUGGUAGUACUGCUUGGUCUUUGGAGCUUGACUCGGGUCGCGACUUGUGGAAGCUCAGGCAGGUAGCUAGCACGUGGAGAUGACUUGUGCCGCUCCUAGAAACAGCAGUGGAAGUUCUGUGUGUACUGUAUAGGAGGGUGUGCAUGUGUGCUAGAGGGGGAGGGGGAAGUGGGGGCCUGUGUGUGACCAGGCCCCCUAUCCCCCAUGUUUCAGUUUAGUUGCUCGUGUGAUCCGAGUAACACAAAUGAAAUAAAUCCAGAAAU